GUUUCCGAUGCAUCGAUGUUUUUUUUGCAUCCCUAGAUCGAGGGUCUGUUUCGCUUAUUUUUUAGCUUUACUGCUUCUGUAUUCAUUUUCUAGAAUCAGAUUAUUUCGCAGUGCGUGAAAGAUGAAGAUUUCACGGUUCAAGAAGUUGCACAAAACGGUGACAUUUUUUGCAACCAAUUUUCAAUACCGAGAACCGUACCAGGUCCUAGUUGAUGCUACAUUUUGCCAAGCGGCAUUGCAAAAUAAGGUCAUAAUCGAGGAGCAGCUUAAAAAAUACUUUCAUGCAACUAUAAAACUGGUUACUACGCAGUGUAUAAUACUUGAAGCCGAAUCUCUCGGAGCUAAUCUCGCUGGUGCUACUAUGAUUGUCAAAAAAUUUUGUGUCCACAAAUGCGGCCAUGAAGGUGUGCCAGUGUCAGCGUCGCAAUGCAUUAAAUCUAUGGCGCAUGCAGGACGUUAUAUUGUUGCUUCUCAAGACCGCACAUUACAAACAAGCCUAAGAAAAGUACCUGGCAGGUGCUUGUUGUAUUUGCAUAAAUCAACGCCAGUUUUAGAAGAGCCUUCAGAAGCUUCUAAAAAGUAUGUUUUAAAAAAAUCUCAAAACCUAUUAACAAAUGAUAUAGAAAAACGAAUUGAACACUUAAAGCAAGAAGAAGGUAUACAGGAGGAACAUCUUGAUAAGAUACAAAGAAAGCGGAAGGGGACAAAAAAUCCAAACCCUCUUUCUUGUAAAAGGAGUAAAAAGCCUAAAGACCAUACACAAAAUUUACAUGUUUCAAAACGGCAUCUUGCCCUUAACGAAUCUAGUAAAACCCCAACUAAGAGCAAAAGAAAACGUAUCCAAAUACCAGCACACGUUAAAGCCGCCCUAAAAAGCCCACAAUAAGGAUUAUAUAAUCCGUUUAAUGAAUUCAAUGCACUGUACAACGGCACUUGUAUAUAUGUUUCAGGGAUGAAUCGGAGGUUAUUCCUCGAGCGUUGGCCAUAAUAAAUGCACCAUCACGUUUUUCACAGA